ACCCCGAGCCACCAAAACCCUCUCCUCUCCUUUCUUCAGCAUCGCCGGAUCUCGUCUCCGGCGGCUCCUCCCAAUAUCCCGUCUCCGACUUGCCUCCCGCCGCACCUCCAGUGGACGCGCGAGGUCCGCAUCACCGGCAUGGAGGUCGCGAGCUCGCCGCCCGUCGGUCCGGGUUGAGCCGGCCCUCCCUCGACCCCGCACAGGCGCCGGCCGUCCGCACGCGCGCGCGCCGGCCUCUUCCUCCAACGGCCGUCGACCUCCCUCUCUCCCCGACCUGCGCCUCCACGCGGUGGCCUCGUCCAGCUAGGGGAGCUUCCACCCUAACCCUAGCAGCAGCAGGCGGCCCCGCAACCUGCACCUCCACGCCGUUUCUCACCCGCAGCAGGACGCCGGCGACCGGAUCUGCAUCAUCUCGAACCUCCAGCUGCAGCUCCAAAUUGCUUAAAUCAGCUCCGAAUAAAAAAGAGCGAUGGAGGAGGACCAAUCUGCAGUACUGGUCGCUGAAGGUGCCAUCAAGAGUAUCAAACUUAGCCUAUCCACCGAGGCUGAGAUAUGUACUUACUCUAUAAACGACUGCCCUGUUACUCAUCCCAGUCAACUUGGGAAUCCUUUCCUUGGCUUACCACUUGAGUCAGGGAAAUGCGAGUCAUGUGGUGCCUCUGAAAAUGGCAAAUGUGAAGGGCAUUUUGGGUACAUUGAGCUGCCUGUACCUAUAUAUCAUCCAUGUCAUGUCAGUGAACUUAGGCAAUUACUGACCUUGGUAUGUUUGAAGUGCCGUCGUAUGAAGAAAGGAAAGGGCAAACAGAGCAAUGGAAAGGAAAAUGUGUCAGUAACGGCAUGUCACUACGCUGACUGUCGGGCUCUCCCGGCACUAUCUGUGAAGGAAACCAAGACAGCAGAUGGUGCAUUUCGUUUAGAGCUGAAAGCACCCCCCAAGAAACACAUGACGGAACGUUCUUGGAACUUUCUUGACCAAUAUGGAUUUCACUAUGGUGGAGCCUCCCACGAUAGGAUAUUGCUUCCGGAAGAGGCUCUGAAUAUACUGAAGAAGAUUCCGGAUGAGACGAAAAAAAAGCUAGCUGCACGGGGAUACAUCGCUCAGUCUGGUUAUGUGAUGAAAUAUCUUCCAGUACCCCCUAACUGCCUCUAUAUUCCAGAAUUCACAGAUGGGCAGAGCAUCAUGUCCUAUGACAUCUCUAUAUCUUUAUUGAAGAAGAUACUUCAAAAGAUAGAGCAGAUUAAAAAAUCAAGAGCUGGUCCCCCAAACUUCGAAUCACAUGAUGUUGAAUCAAGUGAUUUACAACUUUCUAUUGGCCAAUACAUACAGCUCAGGGGUACUACAAAGGGACCUCAAGACGCGAAGAGAUAUGCAGUUAGCACUGAUUCGUCGCAUUUAUCAACAAAACAAUGGUUAGACAAGAUGAGGACAUUGUUCAUCAGCAAAGGGUCAGGAUUUUCAUCACGCAGUGUACUUACUGGAGAUCCCUACAUUGGAGUAGAUGUAGUUGGCCUGCCUUCUGAAGUGGCAAAAAGAAUAACUUUUGAAGAACAGGUUACAGACAUCAACAUUAACAGAUUGCAAGAGGUUGUUGACAAGGGAGACUGUUUGACCUAUAGAGAUGGUGAAACAACAUAUGCAAUCACUGUAGGAUCGAAAGGAUAUACCACACUUAAAGUGGGUCAAACGAUCAGUAGAAGAAUCGUUGAUGGUGAUGUUGUGUUCCUGAACAGGCCACCUAGUACGCACAAGCAUUCCCUCCAGGCAUUUAAAGUAUACAUCCACGAUGAUCAUACAGUCAAAAUCAAUCCCCUUAUAUGCUCUCCUCUUGCAGCAGAUUUUGACGGUGAUUGUGUGCAUAUUUAUUACCCUCAGUCACUUGCUGCAAAAGCUGAGGCCUUGGAGCUUUUCAGUGUGGAGAAGCAACUGACUAAUUCACACAACGGGAAAAUAAACCUGCAGCUAUCUAAUGACAGUUUGCUAGCUCUGAAACACAUGUCUUCAAGAACCAUGUUAAGAAAAGAAUCAGCUAACCAGCUGGCCAUGCUUCUGUCCCUUUCUCUUCCUGCCCCUGCUGUGGUCAAGUCAAAGCCAUACUGGACAAUCUCACAAAUAUUGCAAAGUGCGUUGCCAGCAGAAUUGACUUGCGAAGGGGACAGAUUCCUAGUCAAGGACAGCACUGUCGUAAAACUGGAUCUUGCCAAAGAAUCCGUCCAGGCUUCAUUCUCGGAUCUAGUGUCUUCCAUUAAUUGUGUAAAGGGUCCAGGAGAUGCGCUCAAAUUCUUAAACGCGCUGCAGCCCUUGUUGAUGGAAUUUUUACUUCUGGAUGGUUUUAGUGUGAGUCUGCAAGAUUUUAGUGUGCCCAAGAUUCUGUUGGAAGAAGCACAGGAAAGCAUAAAGAAACAGUCCGCUGUACUGGAGCAGUCAAGGUCCUCGAAAGGCCAGUUUGUGGAAAUGCGGGUUGACAACAAUCUAAAGGACGUCAAACAACAAAUUUCAGAUUUUGUCGUGAAGUCCUCUCAUCUUGGUCUUCUGAUUGACCCAAAGAGUGACCCAUCAGUGUCAAAAGUAGUUCAACAGCUUGGUUUUGUUGGUCUGCAACUCUACCGCGAGGGGAAGUUCUACUCGAGCCGUCUCGUGGAGGACUGUUUCUCAAAUUUUGUGAAUAGACACCCACCUGUUGGAAAUGAAGUCCAGCAUCCUCCAGAAGCUUAUGGUCUUGUGCAAAGUUCAUAUUUCCAUGGUCUCAAUCCUUAUGAGGAGCUGGUGCAUGCUAUAUCCACAAGAGAAACUAUCGUCCGCUCCUCAAGAGGGUUGACAGAACCAGGAACUCUGUUCAAGAGUCUAAUGGCCAUCCUGCGAGAUGUAGUUGUAUGCUAUGAUGGAACUGUGAGGAACAUCUGCAGCAAUUCAAUCAUGCAACUUAAGUACAGAGAAGAUGAUGCCACAGAUUUUCCUAGUGAUAUAACUCCUGGAGAACCGGUGGGUGUCUUAGCUGCCACUGCUAUCUCCAACCCUGCUUAUAAGGCUGUCUUGGAUGCUUCUCAAAGUAAUAAUACUUCAUGGGAGUUGAUGAAGGAAAUACUUCAGACCAAAGUUAACUAUAAAAACGAUACGAAAGAUCGAAAAGUUAUCCUGUUUCUUAAUGACUGCUCUUGUCCCAAGAAGUUCUGUAAAGAAAAGGCUGCUAUUGCAGUACAGGGCUGUCUAAAGAAAGUCACUCUAGAGGAUUGUGCCACUGAUAUCUGCAUUGAGUAUCAGAAACAAACAAGUUUAGAUGGAACUUCAGAAGCUACUCCAGCAUUUGUUGGUCAUAUUCACCUUCAAAAGGCACAUUUAGAAACGACAAACAUUAGCACCGAGGAUAUUCUUCAUAAAUGCCAAGAAGUUUCUGUGAAACAUGGGAUGAAGAAAGGACAUCUCGCACACCUGUUUAAAAAGAUUACUUUCUCUACUUGUGAUUGUUCCUUCACACAAAAGCCGAUUGAUGGGAAGGUUCCAUGUUUGCAGUUUUCUUUUUCUGAGGACAUUCCUAUGUUAUCUGAAUCCGUUGAGAAAGCUGUGAAUGUGCUAGCCGAUUCUAUGUGUGGUGUGCUUCUGGAUACAAUUGUAAAAGGUGAUCCUCGAAUUCAAGAGGCCAAAAUUACGUGGGUUGGGUCUGAUGCAACGUCUUGGGUGAAACACACAAAGAAGGCAUCAAAGGGUGAGCCAGCACUAGAAAUUGUUGUUGAGAAAGGUGAAGCUUUGCAAAAUGGUGACGCAUGGAGAAUAGCGAUGGAUGCAUGCAUCCCAGUAAUGAACCUCAUCGACACACGAAGGUCCAUACCUUAUGGUAUUCAGCAAGUGCAGAAACUUCUUGGCAUAGCAUGCUCCUUUGAUCAAGUUGUCCAGCGCCUUUCAACAACUAUGAAAACAGUUGCUAAAGGAAUUCUUAAGGACCAUCUGGUACUUGUGGCAAACAGCAUGACAUGCACUGGUAACUUGAAUGGGUUCAACAAUGCUGGUUAUAAGGCGACCUUCCGUUCAUUAAAAGUUCAAGUACCUUUUACAGAGUCCACCUUAUUCACCCCUAUGAAAUGCUUUGAGAAGGCUGCGGAGAAAUGUCAUUCUGAUUCAUUGGGUUGUGUGGUCUCAUCAUGUUCUUGGGGCAAGCAUGCAGCACUUGGCACUGGGUCAUCUUUUGAGAUUCUUUGGAACGAAAAUCAGCUAAAAAGCAACAAGGAGUAUGGUGAUGGCCUGUACGAUUUCCUGGCCUUGGUGAGGACUGACCAAGAAAAGGCUAGAUACACAUUCUUGGACGAUGUGGACUACCUUGUUGAAGACAACGCGAUGGAUGAUAUGUGCUGCUUAUCACCAGUACUGGAUGAUAUGCCCACUUUUGAAGAUUGUCUUGAAGAACAAGUUACCGAGAAGGGUGGCCCAUGGGAUAAUGGCACAACGGCGAAUGCAAGAGACAAUUCUUGGAAUGUGCCUGCGACAGUGGAGAAUGAUUCCGCUGAUUGGGGCGGCUGGGGCACUGAAAAGGUAAAGGAUAAGAAGACCGUGCCAGAAGAACCAGCGGAUACUUGGGCUGAUCAGAGUGCUAAGAAGGAUACUGAUGGAGGUGGUGGUAACUGGGGGAAGCAGCCAGCAGAUCAAGGAAAUUCAUCUUGGAAUGUGCCCGUGACAGUGGAGAAUGAAUCUGCUGAUUGGGGGGGCUGGGGCACUGAAAAGGCGAAGGAUAAGAAGACUAUGCCAGAAGAACCAGCUGGACUCGAUACUUGGCCUGAUCAGAGUGCUAAGAAGGGUACGGAUGGAGGCGGUCGUAACUGGGGGAAGCAGCCAGCAGAUCAAGGCAAUUCAUCUUGGAAUGUGCCUGUGACAGCGGAGAAUGAUUCUGCUGAUUGGGGUGGCUGGGGCAGUGAAAAGGGAAAGGAUAAGAGUGUUCCUGAAGAACCAGCUGAAAUCAACACUUGGGCUGAUCAGAGUUCUAAAAAGGAUACAGAUGGAGGUGGUGGUAACUGGGGUAAGCAGCCGAACAUGCCAGCAUCACCAUCAGUCAGUGCAUGGGGCAAAAAGAAUUCAGAUGGAGGUGAUGGUACCUGGGAAAAGCAAGCCAGCUCUUGCAAGAAAGAUGUUGACCAGGCCUCUUGGGGAAAUGAGCCAGGGCCACUGUCAAGAAAUACAUGGGACGACAAGGUUUCUAAGCCGCAUACUGAUGCACAGAAUGAUUCCUGGGGAAGUGUGGCAGCUAAGACUCGGACUUGUACUGCAGAAGAUGUUCCUUGGGGAAGUACUCAAACUUCUUCUGCGGAGCAUAUGGAUGCACAGAAUGAUUCCUGGGGUAAUGUGGCUGCAAAGGCUGCUUCACCGUCAGAUAAUGCGUGGAAUGCUGCUCCAGUUUCCCAGGGAAACGAGAAUUCAGAAGCAAAGGAGCCAGAUGCUUGGGAUGGCUGGGGUUCUGCUCAAGCCAAUGACUCCAGUACUGAUGAUUUGAACAAGAGCAGUGCUUCUAACAACAGCAAAGGCUGGAAAUCAGAUGGAUGGGCUGCCAAAGAAAGCCGGAGAGACCAAAGAGACAAUCUGGGUAGGCCCCCAAUGAGACCUGUGGAGAGGCCACCAAGACCACGGUUCGAACUACCAGCUGAUGCAAAAACGAUUUUACACGAAAUUGAACCUAUUGUAUUAUCGGUCAGAAAGAUCUUCCGUGAAUCAUGCGAUGGUGUAAAUCUUUCCCUGGAGGAUGAGAAGUUCAUCAAGGAGAAGAUUCUGGAGCACCACCCUGAAAAGGAGAAGAAGCUGUCCUCUGAAACUGAUCAUAUAAUGGUUAACAAACACCACACGUUCCAGGAGAGUCGCUGCUUUUACGUGGUGUCAUCAGAUGGAACACAGACAGACUUCUCAUACAUCAAGUGCCUGGACAAUUACGUGAGGAAGAGCUAUGCAGAAGAGCCCGCCGAACUGGUCUCCCAGAUGUACUUCCAGAGGCGCAACCGUGAUCGAGCACCAGCCGAGGCUUCUCAAGCAACUCCGGCAGAGAACUCGCAAGCCACUCCACAGGAGGUUCAGCUAGAGACUCCAGCCCCGCUGGCAGAGACCUCGCAAGCCACUCCACAUGAGGCUCAGCUAGAGACUCCAGCCCCGCUGGCAGAAACAGCUUCACAAGAGGCUCUAGCUUCUCCAUCAGCGACCCAGCAAGAGACCCCAGUGGCGACUCCACAAGAGACUCUGGCAGCGACAGAGACCGUCAACAAGUGGGCUGAAAAGCCAGAUUCUGAUUCAGCAUGGGGUGCAGGAGCCUCCGAUGAUAAGUGGGCCUGAUGAUGUCUUAGGGCGUGGUGUAGAAGCAACUGAACCGAUGUACAUACAAGCCUAGCUCUUCUGUUAGCAUCACAUGCUAAAACCUUUCUGCUUUGCCCCGACUUAGUGUAGAGGGCUGACAGUAGCAGUCUUUUAGACCUGAUGGGCCGCGUUUCCUGUGUCUCUUCCAGACGAACUCUACAUUCUGGGAGAUGGAAUUGUGUGGUAUGCUGCCUUGCGUAGUAAUCGUGACUAGUUUCGACCUGUCUUUGAUCUCCUUGGUUGCUGGCUAUCAUAGUUUGAAUGAUGUGAUGCUAGUCGUAUCCUGUGGUUGCUGUUUGUAAGGCGUCAUACCAUCAGUUUAUCUGGUGCUGAAACUUUUACAGAACCUCGGAGUUCGACUUGGUGCUACCAUGUGACUGAUAAAGGACAGUUCCUUGUUAUGAACUUGUAGGUGGCCCUAGGCAUUUUUUUGGGAAGUCAGCCAUAGGCAUAGAACUUGUGUUAGGGUAACA